AUGCGAUCUUCUACCGCGACUUUGGCACUGCCGCUUGCGGCGCAUGCCACCUGCACAAAUGCGACCACUCCUUCGGCUUGCACUGUCACCAGCUACUCGGGCAUCGCCUCCGCCGUCGCCAAGUGCACAAACAUUGUUCUGCAGGACAUUUUCGCCCCAGCCAACUCAACCAUUGACCUCACUCACCUGCAGAAUGGCACCACCGUGACCUUUGCUGGCAACACGACUUUCGGCGACACUCCCGACCAUGAUUUCAUCCCAAUCAAGGUCUCGGGCUCCAAGUUGACCAUCACCGGAGCUCCUGGCCACGUGAUUGAGGGCAAUGGCGCUGCGUACUGGGAUGGCCUUGGUUCCAACGGUGGAAGCUCGAAGCCCAACUGGUUUCUGAAGUUAUCAAACGUGUUUGAUUCCUCCGUCACGAACCUGCACAUUAUCAACUGGCCUGUUCACAACAUCCAGAUCACGGGGAGCAGCGGCGUGACUAUCGAUGGGCUCAACCUGGACAACAGUGCAGGAUUUGCGCCUAACGACCGCUCGGGUGGGAAGGAUGCUGCCCAUAAUAGCGAUGGGUUCGGUGUCUCCAGCAGUGACAGCAUCUCUAUCCUGAACACCAGAGUUAUUAACCAGGAUGACUGCGUGGCCGUCACUAGUGGGACCAACGUGGUCAUAGACAACGUGUACUGCGAAGGUGGGCACGGUCUGUCGAUCGGCUCCAUUGGCGGAAAGAGCAACAACGUGGUCAAUGGAGUUGUGUUCAAGAACAGUGAGCUUGUGGACUCGAGCAAUGGCUGCCGUAUCAAGUCGAACUCGAAUACUACUGGAGAGGUCUCUAAUAUUACUUAUCAGAAUAUUACUAUGAGCG